GCUCGGCGGGAUGGCGGCGCUCGGCCGGAAGGCGCGUGAGGUCCUGGCCUGGCGCCGCCUGCCGCCCCCCGCCGGGCUGCGGAGACGGAGCGCGGCCUCCCGCGGAGGCGGCCGUGAGGAGCCGUGCGGCGCGGGGCCCGGGGGCAGGACGGACGCGGAGCCCUCGCCGCUGGACAGGGCCACCGGCUGCCUCCGGGACAUGGGUUUCGCGGAGGCCCAGGUUCGCGAGCUGCUCGGCGUUCGGCCAGGGGCCAGCCCGCAGCAGCUGCUGGACGUGGUCUCGGAGUUCGUGCUCCUGGGCGUGGCCCCAGAGCCCGUGUGCGUGGCCCUGAAGAAAAGCCCGCAGCUGCUGACACUGCCUGUGCCGCACGUGAGGAAGCGCGCCGCCUACCUGCGGAGGCUCGGGCUGGCGGAAGGGAAGCUAAAGCGGGUGCUCCACUGUUGCCCUGAAGUCUUCACCAUGCACCAGCAGCACGUGGAGGGCGUCGUCGGCGUCCUCAAGGGGAAGUGCCUUUUCACGGCAGAGCAGGUCACUGAGAUUUUACACAGGUGCCCCCAAGUUCUUCGGGAGGACCCUGGUGACUUGGAGUACAAGUUCCAGUAUGCGUAUUUUAGGAUGGGCAUUAAGCACCUGGACAUAGUGCGGAGUGAUUUCCUGCAGUACUCAGUGACGAAGAUCAAACAGAGACACACGUACCUGGAGCGCCUCGGACGCUACCAAGCCCCGGACAAAAAGGGACAGACGCAGAUCCCUAACCCUUUACUCAAGGACGUCCUCAGGGUUUCAGAAGCCGAGUUUUUGGCCAGGACGGCCUGUUCUUCUGCUGAGGAGUUUGAGGUUUUUAAGAAACUCUUGGCUCGGGAGGAGGAGGAGGACUCUGAGAGUGGUGACGAGGACGGAGACGAGGGGGAGGGGGAGGAGGGGGAGCAGCAGCGGUGAAGGGAGGAGUGGAGUGAGAGGGCCCAGGGAGCUAGAAGAACGUUCUCCUUUCCCACGAGCGUUUCCACUCAGAUCGUGUCUGGUGUUUUUCACCCAGAGCUGACCUUUGAUGGGAAAUGCUACAGAUCCCCCGAGAAGUAGGUCAGACGUGGCAGGUCGAGGGAGGACCCAUUGCACCAUAAAGACUGAUUCCGGGGCCGGCACUGUGGUGCAGUAGGUUAAUCCUCCACCUGCAGUGCCAGCAUCCCAUAUGGGUGCCGGUUUGAGUCCUGGCUGCUCCACUUUCGAUCCAGUUCUCUGCUAUGGCCUGGGAAAGCACUGGAAGGUGGCCCAAGUGCAUGGGCCCCUGCACCCACGUGGGAGACCUGGAAGAAGCUCCUGGCUCCUGGCUUUAAAUUGGCCCAACUCCGGCCUUUGCGGCCAUCUGGGGAGUGAACCAGCAGCGGAUGCGUUUUCUCUGCCUCUCCCUCUCUCUGUAACUCUACCUCUCAAACAAAUAAAUAUAUUUUAAAAA